AUGGCUGACGACCCCGAAUACAACGCUGAGGAGGCUGCCGAGCUCAAGAAGAGAAGAGCGUUCCGCAAGUUUUCCUACCGCGGAAUCGACCUUGACGCUCUCCUUGACCUCGACUCCGAGCAGCUCCGCGAUGUCGUCCACGCCCGUGCCCGCCGGCGCAUCAACCGUGGUCUCAAGCGCCGCCCCAUGGGCUUGAUCAAGAAGCUCCGCAAGGCUAAGCAGGAGGCUAAGCCCAACGAGAAGCCCGACCUCGUCAAGACCCACCUGCGUGACAUGAUUGUCGUCCCCGAGAUGAUCGGCUCCGUCAUUGGCAUCUACUCCGGCAAGGAGUUCAACCAGGUUGAGAUCAAGCCCGAGAUGGUUGGUCACUACCUCGCCGAGUUCUCUAUCUCUUACAAGCCUGUCAAGCACGGUAGACCCGGUAUUGGUGCCACGCACUCUUCUCGUUUCAUUCCUCUGAAGUAG